UGGAACUGCCCUGUCGCAACCAUUCGAAUCUCCAAUACCCCUACCUUCCCCUCCUUUCCCCGCUCUUCCCCGCUGCAGUAUCGACAGCGAUACUUCGAGUACAUUCUCACUUCAUCUUUCUGUUCAGGCUUCUAUCAAAACUAAUCUCUCUCUUACACGACCUUCGUGAUGUCUUCAUAUCCUGCCGAGAAGCCCGAUUGGUGCAACCUCGAAGUUAUCCAUCGAAACACACUACCCCCAAGGUCUUCAUUUUUCAAUCACCACACCCUUUCUGCAGCUCUAUCAUACAAACCAACAGAACUUGAGGCAAUAUAUCUUAAUGGUCUUUGGAAGUUUCAUCACGCAAACUCUCCAUAUGAAGCACCUGAAGAUUUCACUUCCUCGGGUUACGAUGUAUCUCAAUGGAGCGAUAUCCAGGUUCCAUCCAUGUGGCAGAUGGCAGGUUUUGGAAAACCAAGCUACUCAAAUGUAGCAUAUCCUUUCCCGGUUGAUCCCCCCUUCGGUAAGUCACUUUACGUAUUAAAGUAUUGUCACUGAAAUGUGACCAGUUCCGUACGACAACAACCAGACAGGAAGUUACGUGAAAAAGUUCUUCGUUCCUAAACAUUUCUUUGGUCAACAGAUUCGAGUUCGAUUUGAGGGCGUCGAUUCUUCAUUUCAUUGUUGGUUGAAUGGAAAAGAGGUUGGCUAUUCUCAAGGAGCUAGAAACCCUACUGAAUUUGAUAUCACCCAAUUUGUGAAGGAAGGGGAAGAAAACACGAUUUGUGUCAGGGUAUACCAAUUUUGCGAUGGUAGCUAUAUCGAAGAUCAAGGUGAGGCAUUCGGAAAACGAACGGAACUGUCGCUUGCUAAAAGAAAAAAUAAUAGAUCAAUGGUGGUUGUCUGGCAUUUUUCGCGAUGUUUACCUUUUGGCUUUCCCUCAAUCACACAUUCAAGACGUUCACGUCAUGACCACCGUUUCUGAUGAUUUCAACAGUGCUGUACUUGAUGUCAAUGUCACGGUAGAAGGGCAAGGGGAUGUUGAGCUCACACUGCACAAUUCUGAUAAGGAAACCGUUUUACUCCAAGAAACUACACCCUUCAAAUCUGAUGAUAAAUGCGUCAAGUUCUCUAUUCCAUUCAAGAACCCGAAAUUAUGGACAGCUGAAACCCCGAAUCUUUACCAUUUAGUCUUAAAGCUGGGAGGCCAGUUCAUCGCCCAGAAAAUUGGGUUCCGGAGAGUAGAGAUUAAAAAAGGUAUCAUCCUGGUCAAUGGAAAAAGAGUUGUAUUUCGAGGUGUCAACCGACACGAACAUCAUCCCACAAAGGGGAGAUCAGUUCCUUACGAGUUCCUACGACAAGACCUAUUGCUCAUGAAGACACACAAUAUCAACGCUAUCCGGACCUCUCAUCAACCGAAUGAUACUCGCUUGUACGAUCUUGCGGAUGAAUUGGGGUUAUGGGUUAUGGACGAGGCAGACCUAGAGUGCCACGGCUUCGACAUAAUCCACGAAAGGGCUUUGCCAGAAGAGGAACAAGCCAUGAGGUUCGAAGACAAGAAACUCAUUACCUACGGCCGAGCCGGUAAAUGGAUUUCCGACGAUCUAGAGUGGGAGGAGGCGUAUGUUGACAGGGCAAGGCAAUUGGUUCAUAGGGACAAAAAUCAUGCUUCGGUCGUGCUGUGGUCCCUCGGCAACGAAGGUAUGUGCUUAUCAUGUUUUUCUUGCUCUUUCUGUAUCCUUUGAGGGGUCGAGAUGCUCUAAAACAGUAUUUCGUUCUUGUCAAUUUGUUUUGAUUUUCUCAAAUGCCACUGAGAAUGGUAAUGCUGACUCCAAGGCCUCUCACAGCAUUCUACGGAAGAAACUUUCAAGCCAUGUAUGACUGGAUUCAGACUUGCGAUAAAACUCGACCAGUACACUACGAAGGAGAUUUUGAAUCGCAAACGACAGAUAUGCAUUCCAAAAUGUACCCGACUUUGAAUGAGAUGGUCAAAUUUGCUGAGGAUUUCAAAGACGAUAAACCAUUGCUCUUGUGUGAGUACAUACACGCGAUGGGUAACGGACCAGGAAAUAUCAAAGAGUAUAUUGACCUCUUUUACAAAUACCAAUGUCUUCAAGGCGGUUGGGCCUGGGAAUGGGCAAACCACGGUCUGAGGACCAAAAACUCUGAAGGGGAGGAUUAUUAUGCCUACGGUGGAGAUUUUGGCGAGGUGGGUGAAUUCAACUUGUUUCCCUUCCAUUUGGUUAAUGGACCAUCACUGCAAGUGGUAAUACUAACUUCCACAUGUUCGACAGUAUCCACACGAUUCAAACUUUGGUAUGAUUCUUUUCUUUCGAUUCUUUUGCUCCGGUGCCUAUUUUAGUCGUCCCAUAGAGAGUUCCUGGAUAUUUUAAGCGAGGAUGUAAAUACUAAUCAUCGCAGUGAUGGAUGGCCUUGUCGAUUCACAGCACAGACCUGGACCGGGCCUUAUCGAAUACAAAAAGGCGAUCGAACCAGUGCAAUUUGUGGAAGGCACGCUCCAGAAGGUCAAGAUCAUUAACCGCUAUGAUUUUAUCAACCUCGAUCAUUUGAGGUGUUCAGCCAAGGUCGUUGGCGACGGCUACAGCUCAACAGAAACAGCCAUAACGAUACCGGAUGUGCUUCCCGGUCAAACGGCAGAUCUGGAAAUCCCAUCUCUGGCCUUAGGGAAUACACCUGACGAACUCUUCCUUGAGCUGAGCUUCUCGUUAAAGGUUGGUACAACGUGGGCAGAAGCAGGUCACGAAAUUGCCUGGCUUCAACUUCCAGUGAAAGUAGAAAAGGCAAAGCAAGCAGAGGAAACUAAGAGCAGCUCUAAAGUGAGCAUCAUUAAAACGUCCCCAACAGUUCUUGAAGUCAAGGGACAAGAUACAGUUUGGAAGUUUGAUCUUGUCAAAGGAGGACUUAUAUCAUGGUUAAAAUCUUCAAAGGAGAUUCUCCAUACUGGGCCGCAACUCUCACUCUUUCGCGCCCUGAUUGACAACGACAAGACCGAUGGCAAAAACUGGAUUGCCAAGGAGGUACCCUACGCGAAGCCACAUACACGCUCAGUUACUUGGAAUUCGGACUCCGAUGCCGGCACAGUAACUAUCAAGUGUGUGCAACGCGUCGCCCCACCGGUUCUGGAAUGGUCUAUCGAUGCUGUAACAACCUAUACAUUUCACAACUCCUAUGUCACUGUUCACAUAACAGGAAGCCCCCAAGGCAUCAAUCUGCCACUCACAUUGCCUAGAAUUGGGCUUGAAUUAUCUCUUACCUCAGAUUUCAAUAAAACAACCUGGUAUGGACGUGGACCCAGCGAGAGUUACAAAGACAAGAAGCUCUCUCAGAAAUUCAGCAAUUACUCCGCUGCAAUCGAUGAUCUAGCGCCGGAAUAUGAAUAUCCACAGGAAUCUGGAAACCACACCGAGACUCGGUGGGUGAGAUUUGAUGGUUCAACUAGCCUUACCGCCAAGUUUCUCGAUUUGCCAGAUGGAUUUGACUUCCAGGCUUCUCAUUAUAAUGUUAUGGACGUGAAUAAAUCGAGACAUCCUUAUGAGAUGAGGACAUUUAAGAAGGAAGAGGUGAUUGUGAGAUUAGACAUAGAUCAUCACGGCUUGGGCUCGGAUAGUUGCGGUAUGCCAUCCCGAUAUUCCUUGUAACAAUUGGGUGACCAUGCUAAUAUUGUACUUAUUUCCAAUGUAGGACCAAAAACUCUGCCCGAAUACGCACUCGAAACUCGGGACUUCGAAUUCACCGUCUUGUUGAAGUAAGCUUGCUAUACGAUGAUCACAUGCAUUGCAGGUUUAGGUUCCACAUACAAAGCAUCUAGUGCAAAACUGUUGUUGAUUUCCUCGGUCCAGCCAUCUCUUAUAGUCAAUUACUGUCUCCAUCUUCAAUAUUUGCACUUCCCAGAUGAUUCGUAAUUCCUCCACAAGGAAGUAUGUCUUUUUGUGCUGUGUAUGAAUACCAGCAGGAGAUCCAACCGUAAACUAUCCCGAGGUUAUCUCCCACAACCGAAAUGCUACUCUGUACAUCUAUCUCCUCUAAAGUCUGUUGCGGCGGAGACAUGUCAUUCUGCUUCUCAGAGGGAGGAAGGUGCCAUGAGGCAUCAAGGGCGUGCCAAUAAGCAGAUACACCGAACUCAAAGGAACAACCAAAUCGCCAUGGAAGUCUUUAUGAAGACCAUAGAACUCCCGAUUCGUUAGACCAAUACACAGAGAAUCGAGUGGAUCGAGGUAGCUGAGUACAAUACAAAGGACUUCAGUGGGUAGCUUGAUGAUGUGACAAGCCUCUGCUGCGAUAUUGGAGCUUUAAUUAGUAAGCGGAUAUUUCAAGAGGCAUAUUGUAAGAACGAUUUGGGGCGAAUGGGAGUUGGUGGAGUGGUUGCCAGAAAACCUGCUAAACUUUGACAGAAGCUGGUUGGGUGGUCUCUCUGACGCUGGCUUGAGAAUGCGUCUCUUCAGCCUGGGAUUGAUCCAUGGCUAAUGGCUUUGCGGGUAUUGAUGAUUUCCUUUGUGGUAAACGUGGGAAGGUUUGUUGUUGGUAUUGUGUGGGGCUGAAUGGGAAGCUGUUUGAGAUAAUAUAUGCAGCUGUCGGAUUUCAUCACCUGGUGAAUUCACUGUUUUGCAACAAAAAGCACUCUAACUACGCAAUGGCUUGCGCUUCCAUCGUACCUCCAGGUAUGUCACGUGCGCGUAAACAAAAGCAAUCAGCAGUAACAAAAGCACAAGCGAGAACAAAAU